CUCUUCCUCCCUCGAGAAAGUAAGAGAGAGGACCCUGGGAACGAGGUUGCCCCGCUGUAUGUUAGCUGGAAAAGCGGAAGUGGAUAGCGAAAUUCUCGGAGUGCUAACGUCAAGAAAUUGUGAAUUCAUAACAAAAUGGCUUGCGAAAACGCAAAUGAUUAUGACUACAGAUUAGUCGAUGAUGAAACGGGUCUAAAGGAUGCUAUCUCUGAGCUCAAACGGAAAAUAGAGGAACGGAACACCCUUUUAGCCGUCGAUUGUGAGGGGGCUUCCCUUAGCAGGAAGGGAGCGCUUACCAUCAUCAUAGUAGCAACUGAGGAGAAAGUCUACAUAUUCGAUGUGUUGAAAUUAGGACAAGUCGUAUUCAGCAGUGGACUUGGCGAAAUCCUUGCAGACAAAUCUCGUGAGAAGUUGACUUUUGAUUGCCGACAAGAUUCCGACGCGCUUUGGCAUCAGUUUAAGGUCAAACUAAGCGGAGUCUUGGAUCUUCAGCUGCUUGAAGUCAUCUAUCGGCGUGAAAACCGCACAGCCGAUUCCACAGUUGAUGCUCCGCGGUUUUGCACCACGAACAAACGUGGUGGUCGUCGCAACCGCCGCAGCCAGAGAACAGAUGAAGUGGAGAAGAUAUAUGGUUUUGGUCGUUGCAUCGAGUUGUACCUCCAGGAUGAAAAGUUAGUCAAAAUAAACGACAAGGGAAAGGAGCUGUUAAAGAAAGACGUUGAAGUGUGGACAAAGAGACCCCUGACGGAUGAUCUUAUCCAGUACUGUAUUGUGGAUACAGUGGCGAUGUUCAGGUUGUACAGCGAGAUGAAGGAUGUCAAUGGUGGAGAACAGGCUCGUCUGCGAGUUACAUCCGAGAAGUAUGUUGAUCUGUAUCGAGGCAAAACACAACGGUCUUUCGACAACUAUGAAUUGAACGCGUAUCUACCUCUUGACAUAAUUCCUGAUAAAGGAACUCUAGAUUUUCCUGCUGCUAACACUGAAUGUACGCGCUGCCAUCGGCGAUUUCCACGAAAAGAAUUCAGUGCAACACAGCUGAGAAAAAGAGAACAGAAAUGCAGGGUGUGUAAGGAGAUAAAGCGCCAGGAGGAUGUACACCAGCUCAGAGAAGACCAGUGGAGACAACGCCAGGCUGGCCGCGAAGAAUAUUUCCAUUUGGAUGACUUAACUUUAGAUUUCCACUGUUCAGAUUAAUGUGGUAAAAUCUCAUGUAGGCUACGUGCCAACACAAAAUCCUAUCAAUAUGGCAUGGAAACUAAUUCCAAAGGACUUUGAUACUUCAGUAAAGAAGGACUACAGCGAGACAAACAUAAGUUUACAUGUAACUUAAAGGCAUGUCAAUCGUACGUUUUUGCCACUUUUUACCACAAUGGUAAAAUAAGUGUUACCGUCGAGAAAAAGUGUUGAUAGGUAAGAGAAACGUAAGUGGGCUAUGUCUUUUCCUGGUUGUCAGUAGCCUAACUCGUAUAAGCUUAUUACAUCUAUUAUGACUCAUUGCUAUCACCGAAGUCCGUUCAAGCAAGCAGUCCAAACCAUGCGAGGACUUCAUUACAGGAAAUGGCAAUAUUAUUUUACAGGUCUGUUGAUCAGCUCAUAAACAGAUACAUGUUCCAUCAAAUAUUUUUGCUCGCACGCGAUUGGUCUAAACACGUCACAUGACCAAAUAUUGCCCAGCUAAAACACUGCGCGCGUUGCAAAAAAUAUUUGAAGAAUAAUAAACACAUUAGCCUCCAUUUGGGGCAAAAAUAU